ACUCACCAACUCAUUCAUUUGAACGUGAGAAUCUCAAUCGAAACGAUUGGAGCUAAAUAAUCCAAAUAUUGAUUUUUAAACACAGUUUUAUUUAUAUUGUCCUGUUCUUGGCAAAUCAGUAUAUAAUGAGUAGCAACUAUUAUUUCGCUAUUGUUGGUCACAGUGAUAAUCCCAUUUUUGAAAUGGAAUUCGUGAAUGCUAAUAAGGAGGUCAAGAAAGAGGACCAUAGACAUCUGAAUCAGUUCAUAGCCCAUGCUGCAUUGGAUUUGAUUGACGAGCACAAAUGGAAAACAAACAAUACAUAUUUGAAAUCGAUAGAUAAAUUUAAUCAAUGGUUCGUAUCAGGAUUUGUAACGGCAUCGCACCUUCGUUUCGUUAUGGUGCAUGAUAAUCGGAAUGAUGAUGGCAUUAAAAAUUUCUUCAAUGAAAUGUACGAAACCUACAUAAAACAUCUAAUGAAUCCAUUCUAUACUUUAAAUACUACCAUUAAAUCCAGCACAUUUGAGAAAAAAGCUCAGAUAUACGGACGUAAAUUUCUUGGUUCUUAAGUUUUGGUUUCCGUCUUGAUUUUGUUUUGUAAUAAAAUACAUAAUGAUAAGAAGGUUUCUAGAUAAAUAAAAAAAAAAUUGUUAUAGAAA